CACUCCUGCUUCUCUAAACCAUCCCCACCAGAAAAGAGCCCUCUCGCCACCGGCCGCUGGCACUGCUUUAGCCCCGAGAUAGUCGCAUCGCAAAGGGUAAACAAAUACGCGACGUCACGAUCAAUAUCAGAUCCAGCGCCACUCAUCUCUGUCUUUUUCGCAUCUCACUCUCUUAGCCCGUAUACCUCGUUGGUUUAUCUCUCCAUCAGCCUGGCCGACACUACUGCAAGAGCUCUAGACAACAAGACAGAGCAUCAUGUCGAGCAUCGCCCAGCCACGCCUGCCGUCCCAAGCGCCAGAGUCGUUCCACCCUCGACAACCAAGUCUCCGAAGGAUGCCGUCGGCGAGAGACGCUGUCAGCAACUUCAAGAGUCCUCUGGCAAGACUGGAGCAGGAGAGUAGGAGUGCCAAGAGCCAUGUACGUGAGAUCAGCAUAGUCCAGAAGGGAAGGCGUGUACGAGCUAACGUUAAUGGCAAAGGCUGGCUCCAGUCGGAAUGCUUCUUUAUCGUCCGCCGAGUCGGAAGUCAUCGCCCCUCCCGUCCCUGCCCUCCAAUUCAACCUCUUUCGACCCAAUUCAAUCAUGUCCAUCGCCUCUCUAGCGAGCGACUAUACCAUCCCUCAAUCAGACGAAGGGGGCGAGCCAGAGGCCGACGAGGAAGAGGAAGAGGCCCCUGCGACGCCUAAAGCGUCUACGUCGGGUCAGCAGGGGUAUUUUGAAGGUGGAAGGGCGACACCGACGAGCUCGAAUGCGACGAGUGCAUCAAAAAUGCCUUCGGCAUGGAGCAACAAUACCAUUGCGACCACCGCCACUACGGUGCCUAUCAAACCCCCAUUGGCUCCCAAGCGGAGCUUUAAUGUUUCUUCUCGCCCUUCAUCCCCUACUAUCGAAUCAACACAAAAGACGGCACCAUUCGUCCUCGGCCCUGUCCCUCCCAGACGCACACAAUCACAAGUCCGGGCAGAUGCGCUUGCGAAAGACGCCCCGGCGCCACAUCGUCCUGAAGAGACAGAGGUCGGAGAAGACUGGGCGAGUAUACAUGGUGAACAGGGGAGUGAUUGGGGAGACGACGAGAGUCAAUUUGAAUGGCUAGACACGGACGGAGCGCCACAGGCUACGAAUGGGAUCGACGGGCGGGGCGGUGUGCGUGGCCUGAGUCCAAGUAAGAGAUUGUCAAAGUUGAGGACGGCAAUGUCGAAGAGCGAAUACAGCGAGAGUGGGAGAAGUGGGAAGUUGAAGAAGCCGCUGGUACUGCCAAAGAGAGCACCGCCGCCACCACCGCCCACUGCCCCGGCGCCUCUUCGUGAACCACUCAACGCGAGAUUACCCCCGUCGCCGACAAAGGGCGGGUGGAAGAUGACCAAGCAAAAUUCGCAGCCGUCCAUGCAUGGGAGGCAGGUGGAAGGGCUGCCAAACCGGUCGGAUACGCUUCGAGAUGAGGCGAGACCGGGUGUCAACGCCAGAUGGACAGAGCGGCCGGGGACCUCGGGGUCACCGCAGACCUCCAACUUUCCCGCCCAGCAACAUCCCAUGCCCCCUCUGAUGGCCCCCAUGAAAGUACCUCUGAAAGACGACGGGCCUUCCACCUCGCUCGGUACAUCUUCAGGGCGCCAGUCGCAUCACUCGUACCAAUCCGGCUACUCUUUCUACGACCUCGACGGCGGUGAGACAGAGUCAUCGCCCUCAACGCCCAAAGCGGGGAGUGAUAGCGACUUGGUGUUCCCCAAGGGAAAGUAUGUCAAAGUACCGACGUCGGCAUUGGAAGUGCGCGAGAGGACAGUGUCGAAGCCUGCUGCGCGUACGCCGACGACGCCGGCAGCUUCCAUCACAGGCCGGUCGGCGGACGAGCUGGUACAUAUGGGGAUCGAAGCGCGAGGCAAAGGCGACUUGCCAAAGAGUGCUUAUUACUUUAUGAAAGCUGCUGAAGCAGGUAGUCCGACAGGAAGAAUGUACUGGGGACUGGCACUGAGACAUGGGUGGGGAGUGAGUAUAGAUGAUAGGAGGGCGUUUGUGGAACUUCGGCAGGCGUGCGAUCAGUCGUUAGCUGAGGGCGGGCUUGCGUUCCACAAUUCGCCGGGUCAGAUGCGCCUGACAGCACAGCAGAAGAAGCACAUGGCUCGAGAUCUCGCGAUGGGCAUGUUUGAAACAGGCAACUGCUUCUUGGGUGGCGUGGGUGUAAAGAAGGCUCCGGAUGUGGCAUUGCAGUAUCUGCGGUUUGCGGCCAAUCUAGGUGAUAUAGCGGCACAAGAACAGCUCGGAUAUCUGCUAUCGAAGGGGUCAAACGGGGUCAAGAAGGAUAUGAAGGAGGCUGCCAAGUGGUACAGGAUGGCUGUGAGUUUGUCAGAGUCAUGAAUAGAUCUUUGAGCUGACAAUGAUGGCAGGUGACGCAGGGGUCCAAAAGCACAGUAGGACUGUCGUGGAUCUGGAAGGACAAAUACAUGGUUUGAGAUUCAUGGGUCAUCAUCUGACCCACGUUCGCCGAUCCUUGACUUUCACCAGUCCCCCAACAAGAGUCUUCUCACACUCUGCAAUCUGGCACCCAGCGAUCUACCAGGCCAAGCUACUGGCUACAUGCUGCUCAUGGAGACUUUUGGUUUGUAUAUAGAAUGGACUUUGACAGGGAUUGCUUUUGCUCUUUGCUCUUAUGAUUUCUACCUGCUUACGUUGUACGACAUUGAUGAAUACACCUGA